UUAAGUAAGUUGAAGAUGAGAUUAUAAUAGAAAGGGUAUAACGAAAGGUGUACAAAAAGGUGAAAAAGAUAUAUUUAUAGGACUUUUUAUUAAACACAUACCUCACCCCGGCCCUAAGAGCCAUUGGAACAGGCUCCAAUGUUCCCCAACUGCUUGAUUGUCUUAGCUAGUAAGGAAAGAGAAAUAAAAAAUUAAAGUAUCACUAGUGAUAGAACUCGAGUUGGAAAGCCUGGUCUCAUACUUCAUAUUAUGCAACCCGGACCAAUACCAAUAGCCCAUGAGUCCGGGGCGCUCCCUAUCUGGAGAGUGGAGCCGUCCAUCAAGGUCCCAAUAUGGUUUGGUGGUCCUUAUUUUCAUGACCGUCUUUUAGGAUGUGCAAUAGAUGCUUGACACCGGGGUCCACUCAUGUAUGAGGUCUCCAAAAAUUUAGAAUGUAAUAUUAGUUAUAAGUUUAUUUUUAUAGAUGUUAUGUAUAUUCAAGAUUCCAAAAUGUAUACAAUUUUUAGAUUCUCUAAUUUGUGCACUUUAAAAAUCAUAAAAUUUAUAUUUCAUUAAACUGUCUAGUCUACAUGUAUUUCAUUAUUCAAAUUUGUAAUUUUGUUGUUUUAGGGGUCUCAAUUUUCCAUUUGGAACCGGGCCUCCAAAUUCAUUAGACGACCCUGCUGAUUUGAACCGAUCACGCCAAUGAAACCUUGUUCACCCCUAAGUGCAGGCCUAAUAAUCUAUCAACUAAGUUGUAAUUAUAACUUAGAAAAACCCAAAAUGGGUGGGAGUAGAAGAAGAAAAAUGAAAAAAAAAAUUAGUUGAAGAAGAAAAAAAUUAGUUUAAGAAAGAAGAAAGACAGAAGAACCCAAAAACUAGUUAAAGCCGUGUACUUUACUCGUAAACCCAUUCAAUUGAGCGUUUUUAUGAGUUUGGAGGUUCAAUUGAUUGAUUUUAAAGUACGGAUACCUAAAUAACUUUUUUGAGAUAAUAAUAAGACCUAUCUCAUUGUUUUUCCAAAACAUUAUUCCUUCAUUUUCAUAAAAUCUUACUCCCUCGAUCCCAAAAGAUACAUUUUGACUUUUCUUGGUCAAUGAUGGUUAACUUUGACCAGUGAUAUCUUUUAAUACAAAAUUAUUUAAAAUAUGAAAAAUUAUAUGAACAUAUUCUUUAUUAAAAAAUCUUACAUAAAAGUAUAAAAUUUAUAAAUUACAAACAAAUAUAAUACCAAAAAUCAUUGUCUAAACUUUACCAUCAUUGACCAAGAAAAAUCAAAAUGUAUCAAUCUUUUUGGGAUGAAGGUAGUACCUUUUUUAUUGUUUCAAAAACUUUGCUAUUUUUUAAUCAAUUAAUUUAGAACUCAUCAGUUCGGUUAUUUACCUUUCCUCUUUAAAUAUUCAUUGACAAUGUUUUUUCUAUAUUAUUUUCGUUAAACUUGAAAAAAUAAUAAGGGUCAUAAUGAUAGAUAAAUAGCAUAAUUUUUCAAAUUUUUGAUUCGGCUUUCUGUGCCACUCUAGGGAAGACCAUCGUAGAAAACAAAAAUGAUGUUUGUACACACUCUUAUACACACUUUUGUACACACCUAUGUCUGUGAAAGCUUUUCUUUUUGUCUGUGAACAUCGAUUCAUAGACAAUGUUUUGCACAAACAAAAUAUUAUCUGUGAACCGGAUUCACAAACAAAAAAAACUUCACAAAUAUGGUGUGUACAAUGGUGUGUACCUCAAGCAUCGAUGCCUAGAAAAAGCAUUUGUGAUAUCUUACGUGGUGGCCUUAUCUUAGGUGUAUUACUUUUGUGUUCGGAUCCAGACGGAGAAAGACAUGGCGGCGGUAAGGCGUGUUGCAGCAUAUGGGCUUCAGGCAUUUGCUUUUCCCGGCAACUCCUCUCUUCUAACCAGACAGCUUCAUGCUUCUCCGGGGAGCAAAAAAAUCGUCGGAGUUUUCUACAAAGCAAACGAGUAUGCUUCACUGAAUCCCAAUUUCGUCGGUUGCGUUGAAAAUGCAUUGGGCAUCCGCCAUUGGUUGGAAUCCCAAGGCCACCACUACGUCGUCACUCAGGACAAAGAGGGACCCGAUUCCGAGCUGGAAAAGCAUAUUCCCGAUUUACACGUGUUGAUCACCACUCCCUUCCAUCCCGCCUACGUCACUGCUGAGAGGAUUAAAAAGGCGAAGAAUCUGCAGCUGUUGCUCACGGCUGGUAUUGGCUCGGACCACAUAGAUCUCAACGCUGCGGCGGCUGCUGGACUGACGGUGGCGGAAGUUACCGGAAGUAACGUCGUCUCCGUAGCCGAGGAUGAACUGAUGCGUAUCCUGAUUCUCGUUAGAAAUUUCUUGCCCGGAUACCAUCAGGUCAUUAAUGGGGAAUGGGACGUCUCCAAAAUUGCUUACAGAGCCUAUGAUUUGGAGGGGAAAACGGUUGGAACCGUCGGUGCAGGUCGUAUUGGACGGCUUUUACUCCAAAGGUUGAAACCUUUCAACUGUAAUCUUCUCUAUCAUGAUCGUCUCAAGAUGGAUCCUGAACUGGAGAAAGAGAUUGGUGCUAAUUUUGAGGAAGACCUUGAUGAGAUGCUCUCCAAAUGUGACAUUGUUGUCAUAAACACCCCUCUAACUGAUAAAACCAAGGGGAUGUUUGACAAGAAGAGGAUUGGGAAGAUGAAGAAGGGAGUAUUGGUGGUGAACAAUGCCCGGGGUGCAAUCAUGGACACUCAAGCAGUUGCUGAUGCUUGUUCCACUGGACACAUUGCAGGCUACAGUGGGGAUGUUUGGUACCCACAACCAGCUCCCAAGGACCACCCAUGGCGAUACAUGCCAAACCAAGCCAUGACACCUCAUAUUUCCGGGACGACCAUUGAUGCACAGCUGAGGUAUGCUGCUGGAACUAAGGACAUGCUGGAGAGGUACUUCAAGGGUGAAGAAUUCCCUGCCCAGAAUUACAUUGUCAAAGAUGGAGAGCUGGCAAGUCAGUACCGCUAAAAUGCUUCCUUUUUGUUUCACAUUGUUCUUGUUGUAUAAUCAAUAAAACAUUUGUAGCUUGGCAAGAACAUCUGUACUUUCUGGGUUCUUUCUUUCCCCUAUUGUGAUCUUGCUGUAGCAGCAUAAUAAAGUCAUUAAUCUCAAACUUCUAAUUUGGUCA